AUGCGUGAAACAGGAAUUAUUUCUUUCAGCGACCCAAACUUGGUGUGUUGUCCAGACAAGGUUUGGGACAACGAAAGAGGAAAAUGCAUCAGUUGCAUAAUCGGGUAUUCGGGAAUUAACUGCUCCACACCGUGUCGUUAUCCGAGUUAUGGAAAGGACUGUCAGUCACACUGUUCCUGUAGGACAACAGAAUUUUGUAGUCCGUCAUACGGCUGUAUACCAAUAUCAACAGAAGUGGACACAACAGAAACUAGUAUGGCAACAACUCCAAAAGAACCAGAAACAAGUUCAACAGCAACCACCGUACAUUCCACCACAAGUACCAAAUCUAGCCCGGAAGUGGUAGCAACGUCUGCUCUCAUCUCUGGAAAAACUAGAAGUACGCGUGCGCAUGAAGUCAUAGCAAACUCCCAAAGUGGCCAGACUAGGACUUCAUCAAAUGAUCCCAUGUUGGCAAAUAGCCCCCUCCUGUUGGGGAUUUUCAUAUUUUGUGGGUUGUUCUUACUCCUCUUUGCCGUGUUGGUGAUAACACAAAUGCGAUAUAAAUGUUCCAAAAAUAAUGACACUCUACACAACCAGGACAUUUAUCCAAAAGGGAAUACACAACUAAAAUCAUAUGACGUUAUCCAAGGCAAAGAAUCAAAAGGUUUGAACCGUGGAUCCAGAGCUGAAACCCCGCCUGAUCAAAGAGAUCCACCGUAUGCAGACAUUGAAAAUUACAUUGAAAAUGAGCAAAAGAUGCCCAACAGUGGCGACCCGAAACCGUGUCAGUCAAAUGGCAACGUUCUUUCACAAAAAGACGGGCCAACACUGGAUAAGACCAUACCAAAGUACAUCGAAAUUGUAGGCUCCCCUGAACACGAGUCAAUUGUUAAAGCAUUUUCGAACGAUUUGGGGGUCAUAAGCAAUACCUACACAAGUGACUGCACAAACCCCAAACAACUGUAUUUGUCUGUGGUUUAGAAUUACAUGUGGUGAUUGUUUUC